AUGCACCGGCCUCAUCAUGUUCAUGGUCAAACGGAUGGUCAAAAUGGUCCCAUUGACAAGUCAACGUUCUCGUUGGGCCAUUGGAUCACCUUCCGAUACGUCAGCGGGAUGUUGAUCAAUGGCGGCGGUACGUUCGAUGGCCAGGGGCAGUAUGCUUGGCCAGAAAAUAAAUGCGCUUGCAAGUCUCUUCCAGUGUCAUUGAGAUUCAAUUUCGUUAACAACACAGUGAUCGGCUCGAUUAGUUCGGUCAACAGCAAGAACUUCCACUUUAACCUCUUCAAGUGCGAUGAUCUCCAGUUUCAUCGCGUCUGGAUAAUCGCCCCUGACGAGAGCCCCAACACGGAUAGGAUCCACCUAGGCUACUCGUCCCGCAUCAGGAUCGCCAACUCCGUGAUCGCGACCGGGGACGAUUGCGUCUCGAUCGGGCCGGGGUCCUAG